GCGGCGGCGUGAUAGAAUUCAAAACCGCCUUGGCAAGCAUGGAGCGAGCUGCACAAAAUGUUUUCCUCGUGCUUCUCUCUAUCUGUCUGCAAAUCUCUACCUACAAUGCACUUCCUGCAAAGUCGGCCACGCAGAUGGACUACGACAGCGACUCCUGGUCCACGCACACUCCGUACAUCAAACGCACCAUCGCCUUGGACGAGUGUACGGUUUACAGCAUGGCGCGGCCCGGUUACUACCUAGCGAUGGCAUCCAGCCUAAACAACUACCAGCCAUACAUGAAAAGUGGCAACCCGCGUUACAAUAACACCAAGGUCAAUGACUGGAGUGGAAUUUGGCGCAUAGUAAAGGUCAACUCGACCAGCGACACGAACUACCAGUUGUGGAAUUACGAGCGGAAGUGCUCGCUCAGCUUCUCCGAGUGCAAGAACAUUUUCUCGCUGAUGAUGAGCAAGAUGUUCGACUCGUGGACCUGUGAGGACUACACCAUGUGGCACAUAGACAUUACCAACUUCAAGGAGAUACACAAGGAUGGCAUCGUGACGGCAAUCAAGCUACCCCGCAAUCCGGCCGGUUAUCUACAUGCGGCCACCGACGACGUGAUCAUGGCCGACGAGUUUUACUGGGGCGGCCACUGGAGCAUCAUCUGCCGCAACGAUCCGCGGUUCUAAAAAACAGAUUUGUUCCAUCCAACUUGUGAACGCACGGAAUGUUGGACGAGGGAAAUAACCAGUGUCACCCUAUGCGUUAUGUCACUCACGUUAAUUAUAAGAUUGGUCCAAGAGCAAACAAUAAACACAACACACUCACGCUCACACACACUCACACACACACGCUCACUCACACAAUCCUCUUCUUGCGUCAUCGGAAAUCUCAUUCAGAGCUUUUCUUUUGUGUCCGCCUGCGCGACCGUUUUUUAUUAAGCUAAUUUAGUCGCUCAUAGAUUUCCAUACGGCGCAGAAGGCGUCACGAAAUGUGAGUCUCUCAUUUGUUAUUGCUAGAACUUUCUGCAAAAAUAAGUGGGGUCGUGCAAUUUAGCAAAUUGAUGGUUUUAGCAAUACAACGCUAAGCCUUUGGGUUGCGACAGUGAUAUUUGAUUAAAAGGUGUUCUGAAAUGUCGCGUAUUUAUCAAAUCUCGAUGCUUGUUUUUUCUUUGGGAAUCCUGCAUGAAUGUCAUAGCUGUUAACUUGCAAUACUCAUCCGCUUUUAAAUUAUGUGUAGUAGAGUGAACCAAAUAAAUGAAUCAUUGAACUUAAAAA